AUAAGUUCUUGAAUGGCUUGCAUGAGACUUGGCUCCAAAUCCGAAGCUUUCCACCUCCAAGGCCAGAACUGGCACUGCACUUCCGGCCUCCCUAGCGAUGUCACCGUCGAAAUCGGCGAAAUGUCCUUUCAUCUCCACAAGUUUCCCCUCCUCUCGAGGAGCGGCCUCCUCGAGAAGCUGAUCGGCGGCGAGGUUUCCUCCGGCGGCGGCCCGUGUGUCGUCCAGCUCAGCGACCUCCCGGGCGGCGCCAAAUCGUUCGAACUCGUCGCGAAAUUCUGCUACGGCGUGAAAAUCGAGCUGACCUCAAUGAACGUGGUCUCCCUGCGCUGCGCGGCCGAGCACCUCGCCAUGACCGAAGACUACGGCGACUCCAACCUCGUCUCCCAAACCGAGAGUUUCCUCAACGACCUCCUCGCCAGCUGGACCGACACCAUCAAGGCCCUCGAGACCUGCGAAGAGGUCCUCCGUCCCGCCGAGCACCUCCACAUCGUCUCCCGAUGCAUCAACUCCCUCGCCGUCAAAGCCUGCUCCGACCCCACCCUCUCCUUCGGCUGGCCCGUCGACCACCGCGCCGCUUGGAACGGCAUUUGCCCCCAACCGCCGCCCUCCAAAAAUUCGAUGCCGGCCCACGAUUGGUGGUACGAGGAUGUCUCGUUCCUCAGCCUCCCGCUCUACAAGAGGCUGAUACGGGCCGUGGAGGAAGGGGGGAUGCGGGCCGAGAGCGUGGCCCGGGCGCUCGUUUUCUACGCCAACAAGUACAUACCGCAGAUGAACCGCCAAUCGAGCUUCAAGAACCCAAGCUCGUCGUCGUCGACGAUUUCCGUCCCGUCGGAGUCCGACCAGCGCGCGCUUCUCGAGGAGAUCGUCGAACUCCUCCCGGCGCAGAAGGGUGUCUUGCAUACUCGAUUUUUGCUCCGGCUGCUUAAAACGGCGAUGGUGCUCCAAGUGGGGCCCGCGUGUCGGGAGAGUCUGGAGAGGAGGGUGGGGUUGGAGCUUGAUCGAGCUUCGCUCGAGGAUUUGCUGGUGCCGAAUUUGGGUUACUCGGUCGAGACGUUGUACGACGUGGACUGCUUUCAGAGGAUUUUGGAUCAUUUCUUGUCGGUCGAGCAGGCGUCGCCGUGCAUUGUCGAGGAGGAGGAGGAGGAAGGACAGCAGCAGCAGCUGGUCGAGGGGACCCACACGUUGACCGCAUUGACCAUGGUGGCGAAUUUGGUCGACUCGUAUCUCGCUGAGGUGGCGCCGGAUGUUAACUUGAAGUUUCCCAAGUUUCAGGCGCUGGCUGCGGCUGUGCCGGACUACGCGAGGCCGCUCUCGGACGGGAUUUAUCGAGCCAUCGAUAUUUUUCUCAAGGAACAUCCGUGGCUGACGGAUUCGGAAAGAGAGCAAGUUUGCCGGCUGAUGAAUUUUCAGAAGCUGUCGUUGGAGGCGAGUACGCAUGCGGCGCAAAACGAGCGAUUGCCGUUGAGGGUGAUUGUUCAGGUGCUCUUCUUCGAGCAGCUUCGGCUCCGAACAUCAAUCUCUAGCUGGCUGUUUGUUUCGGAAAAUUUGGAUGGGUCGCAGAAUGUGGGUUAUGGGCCGGGGCUUUCCAAGGGCCAGGAGAGGAUUACAAGCAUUGAUGAGAUGAGGGAGAGGUUGUGUGAGCUGGAGAAGGAGUGUCAGGGGAUGAAGGAGAAGUUUCAGAAGAUGGGAAAGAGUAGAAGGAGUUGGAACAUAUUCUGCAGGAGGAAAUCGAGCAGGGCAGAGUCGAAGCCUGCUAAUAAGCAUUACGAAAACAGCGAAUUAGGGUGCUGAAGGAGUUUCUUGGGGGUAAAAAAGGAAAAAANAAAAA